UGUGUUUAUAUAUAUAUAUUGAUGAAAAUCAAAUAUUGAUUGUUUAUGUUCAACCACUUACAGUAGGCUGGUAUCAUGUUUUCUUUCUUCUGCUCUUUUUGUAGAGUUGCAGUCUUAGUACCCUACAGGCUCGGUUAAAAGUUGCAGCCCACCAAGCGGAGGAGGAGUCAGAAGAGACGGCGAAAAACUUCCUAGAGGGGCGAACUGACAUAGAUGAAUUUCUGACAAAUUUCAUGGAGAAGAGGACGCUUUGCCACAGCAGAAGGGCCAAAGAAGAGAAGCUGCAACAGCCUAUCAACAUACACGGACAGUUUCCCAGCAGCCACUAGAACACAGGGGCUGGUGUUUUCUCAACCAUCUGCUGCCAAGUGACAGGAGACGGAGAUCCUACAGGACGAUAAGCACACUGAGUCGACGAGGGACACUUGGAGGAAAAAUGGCAACUGUAGUUUUUUUUUUUUAAGAAAGGAAGCUACAGAGUCACUACUGGAGGCCAAAACAGGAAAAGUAACUGAAACAUUCUUUAGGGAUGUUCCAAUCCACUUCUAACACAUGGUCUGUGUACGAUGGAGGGUCUGACUGUACCAAGUUAUGAUCCAGUUACUUGUAAGUUAGUUAGUUUAAAUCAGAAGUCACCAGCCUUUAUGACAGUGACAUACAUGGCUGUAAUUUGAAAACAUCUCAGAUGAUAUAAUUGUUCUUAAAUUAACAUUGAAACAAUGAUUAUGAUGCGUUUGUUUGUGUUGACAUGAGAGAGUAUAGUUUCAGUGACGGACCCUCACCUGUAGGUGUCAGAAAUGGACAACACAAAACAAUACAAGUCAAAGUUGAAGGGUCACUCUGUGUCAAUGUAUUGAAUGUAUUGACUUGACCUAUCAGAGGAACUGUAAUAAAAGAGUUUAUUAUUAUUAUUAUUAUUAUUAUUUAAACAAGCAUUGGUGGUUCAGUGGUAGAAUUCUUGUCUGCAAAUGAGAGGGCUGUGUUUGAUUUCUGGCCAAUACAAGGUCUUAUAUGGUGGUUUCAUAGUGAAGCGGCGAUCAGGCCUGCCUUACACUUCUGUCGAAGAAGGUCCUGGCUUCGAGCCCUAGGGUAAACACAUAGUUAAUGCCACUUCCUGUUGUGGCCUGUGUAAGUUGCAAAGACGCAUGGAAUGGAACAUCCCUGACAUUUGAUUUUGAAUAUUCUUUCACAUCUUGUCAGUCCAGUGUGACUUAUCUUUGAUUUUGAAAUUGAAGAUAUUUCUAUGUGAUUAGGAUUGGUGUCAUGUUGAGUGAUCAGAGUGGUUGGUGAUGUGAAGGAUUGUGACAGACAGUAUUCUUAGUCAUGCUAAAGCUGCUGCCUGUAUUUCCUUUCCGCUGGUAAGUCCUGGAUUAUUUCCUUUCCUAUUUGCUUCCUGCUGGACAUAAACUAGGAAUGAUGUCCAACUUAUUAAAGUACCUUCUUCAUCUGUAGGUUAUUCCAGACAUCCCCAGAUGUCAGCACUAUUGUUUUCAGUCUACUGUAAUUUGUAACCGGACAUUUUUUGAUUUUGCCAACAAAAUAAAACAAGGAUGGGACAGCGGUUUUAAGUUGCCUCAUAAAAUGAAAACUUGCCCCUUUGGCAGUUUGGUGGAAGCAUUCUUGAUGCUGGUGUGUUUUGCACAGAUGAAUUGCUUAUAUAGGUCUUAAGGCAAUACUUGGUUUAUAGUGUAUUGAUUUGCAUACUGUAAGUUAAACAUGAACUAGUUAACAUAGAAGUUUUUAAUUAUUAGAUUUCCUAUUUUUGUUAACGAACAAGCUAGAAAAAGCAACACUACACAGAACAGUUUAACCUUUGGCUUGUUUUUGCUUAGAAGGGAAGUCAGUUGCACAGUUCAUCAAGUAGAUGGUUUAGAUAAACAUCUACUCAGACAUUUACAACCCUUAUAUUUAUUUUCCUGCGUGUAACACACUGGAGGCCAGACGUCGCAGUGAAAACUUGACUGUUUUCACACAUUCUAUUUGAACUGUUUGCGGAGCCUCUAAAGCCUGGGGAUAGGUUGAAAAGUAUUAGGAACAUGCUGCAGUGAAACCCAUGACAUUGGAUACUGUAUUAAAUUGUCAAUAGUCGGUGUGAUUGUAAUCAACAACACCUUGUAUUAUAUGUUAUUUAAUUUGUUAGAGUUAAUAAAGCAUUUGAGUAAAUCUGGAUUGUUGAAGGUACUUUCUAACAACCCUUUGAACAAGCAUGGACAUAUAAAAACAACCCUAUCAGUUGUCUUACAAAGUACUCUUUGGUUUCACAGUGUAAAUUAUAAUCCAGAAAGUAGUAAAUAUCAAUAAAUUUGGUCUGUGUUGGAAUCUUUGCAGUAAAUGGUUAUUUUUUUCUAAAUAAAUAAGGAUUUAGAGGAGUUUAUAGUUUGUUAUUAGUGCAACUGGUAUGACAGUUGUACUAAUAACAAACCAGUUUUCUAAAGGCAGAUAUUUUAACAGAUACUUUAGAGUAGGAAGGCCCACCAUGAGCAAAAGGUGAAAUUAAACAAUUUUCUUCUAUGAAAUUUUCCAUACUUUAAUUACUCUGCAUUUAAACCUGUCUUGUUUAGUUGAACACUGUGCUGAUUUGAGUUGAAAAAAGACACUCAAAGAUUCCUUUUGUUAGUUUGAUAUCAUCUGGUGCCACUUAUUGGAAGAGUAUAUAAAUAUUCUGCUUGUUACCGUUGCGUAGACAAGCAAAUAAAAAUUAUUUGCAGUAUUUAAAUGAUUGAUUGCAUUAUUUUCUAUGGCACACCUAAUGAUUGGUCAUGUCACGGCAGUGUGCCACAGCACAGUGGUUGCGAGUCACUAACCCAUAGUACUGUCUUAAACUUAUGCUCUUUGGUUCGUUUACAGAUCAAAUAACGUCCUGUUUCUUCACCUGUCUUUAUUUCUGCAUGUACUAGUUUAAAAGCACAGAAGUUUAUUUUCCAGGCAGGAUUAUUACAUUGUUUUCUUGUUUGAAGAGAAUCCUAUCCACUGGUAAUUACUUCAACAAGUCAAACCACCACUGGGAUUUUUUUAGUGAACUGUGUUAACACAUAUUUUCCCUCUUGAAUACAUGAUGCAACCUAGCAAAUCCUUACUAAACAAACAAAAACUCCAUGGAGACACAUUGGAUUGAGGAAUAUUUUUUUUAUAUCCAAAACCAAAGUUUUCUUUUAGAUAUAAAAUAAGGAUUUAUUCCCUCAGCAGGGUGAAAACCAUUGUUGAAAUUUUAAGCUCAAAACAAUUAACAGUGUGUCAGGUUUACGUGUGUUGAUCACAAUACGAGGAAGAUCUUUAAGCUUUUUUUUUAAGAAGUUAAUAUUAUUAACCUAAGAUACCAUUUGCCUACACCUGAUUUUAGUCGUUGUGCAGCUUUUGAGGUCAGUUUGGCAGCAGAUAUUUUGCAUAGUAAUAUGUCAGUUAGUGGUGAAUUUCUUAAGACUGAGAAACCCUUCUUCUGGCAAAACUUCUACACCACAGACUGGACACUGUUUCUGUCUCAUCUACAGCUUCUUUGUUUGCUACGUCACAUACCAACAUAAUAAUAAUGUUAUCACAAUUUUUUGAUAAAUUUCAACAAGGAAAACAUUGAUGUUAUUAUAAUUAGUCUUUUUACUGCAAUAGUGAUGCACUGAACAAUUAAGUACACUCUUUUUGGAAUUCCUGUGAGUGUGUCAGGCUCGUGUUCAACUAAACAGGCUCAGGCUUCACACUAAGUAAAUUGUGAGUAAAUUGAAAUUCAAAGAUCAUUAUAUCUUAUUACAAAUACAUUUGGGCCUUUUUGUUGGUGCACUGUAGGAGUUUUCUAAUGUAAAAUAUAGGACAUGGCUGAGAAGAGCUUGAAAAAUAUGAGUUUCAAAUUGAGUUUCCCCCCCACAGUCCAAAAACAUGCAGGACUGGUUUAACUGGACACUGCCAGGUAUUAAUGUGUGAACAGUUGGUCAACAGUCCAGACUUCAGCUCACCUUUGACCCUAUAAAGCAUAAAGCCAUAAAUUAUGAAUAAAUUAACUUUCUAAAGUGAAAGUUUGUUUGUCUGUUAACUUUGAUGUUAAGUGGAGAACAAACUUUUUCCACGAGUUUGAUGAGCCAACAUGUUGCAUCAUUAGGAGUAUGGAAAAAAAAGAGGGAGGAGGGAAGGUGGAAAAACUGGAGAUGAGGGGAUAUGAGGGUAAACAAACCCCAGUGAUGAGGAGGAGUUGAUGAGGAGCAGGGAGUGACCAGAUGGAUAAAUGAUCUGCACUCUAGCAUCAGAAGUCUGUCGAGACACUCACUUCUCCUCAGAAGCUGAUGAUGGACAGUGUGGCGGCCACUAAGCUGUGCUACCCUCAGCUGCUGAAUUUGUCCUGCAGGGUAUCAGCAGAUUCUGGCUCUAAGGCCGUCCUCCUCUACACACUGCUGUCAUUUCUGGCUGUGCUCACUGUAGCUCUGAACCUGCUGGUUGUCCUCUCUAUCUCCCACUUUAAACAGCUCCACACUCCCACCAACCUGCUCUUGCUCUCCCUGGCCAUAGCAGACCUUCUGGUGGGGCUGCUGGUGAUGCCGGUGGAAACAGUUAGAAUCACAGAGCCCUGCUGGAUCAUGGGUGAGCUCAUGUGUGCUUUGUCUUACAUUGUAGGCUUCACUCUCACCUCAGCAUCUGUGGGGAACAUGGUUCUCAUAUCUGUCGAUCGUUAUGUAGCCAUCUGUUACCCUCUGCAGUACUCCAGGAGGAUUACUCGCAGCAGAGUGGAGGUGACAGUGUGUCUGUGCUGGGCCUUCUCCGUUCUCUAUAACGGUUUGAUACUGAAGGACCAUCUCCAGCAGCCAAACAGAUACAGGUCCUGUUAUGGUGAGUGUGUGGUGGUGAUUAGCUACGUCUCUGGAGCCGUAGACUUGGUGUUCACUUUCAUUGGCCCGUGCUCCGUCAUUGUGGUUCUGUACAUGAGAGUGUUUGUUGUGGCUGUGUCUCAGGCUCGAGCCACACACACACACAUCGCAGCAGCUGCAGGUGUGUCAGUAAAAGUCACCGCUAAGAAGUCGGAGAGGAAAGCAGCCAGGACCCUGGGCGUGGUCAUAAUGAUGUUUCUGAUGACCUUCUGUCCGUAUUACUACCCUUCUCUUGCAGGACAGGAGACAACAAACAGUGCUCUUGCCUGGCCCAUCGUGUCCUGGCUGCUUUACCUAAACUCCUGUAUGAACCCCAUCAUAUAUGCCUUCUUCUAUCCCUGGUUUAGAAAAUCCAUAAAGUUUAUAAUCACGCUAAAGAUACUGGAAAAAGACUCCUCCCACAUAAGUGUUCUUUAAAGCAGUUCACCUUCAGUCCAAUGACUCUGCAUUGUAAUUGCAGGAUCCGAUUUAAGUGCUUAAGGUUAUAGUCAUUAGUCAUAAUGCAACCACUGUUCCCUGUGUCAUAAUGCGU